AUGUCUCAACAUAGCAAGGAUGACAUAUCCCGAAUUGGCCGUCAGCAACGACGACCACCACCAACACCCUACCGCAGCAUCUUUACUGUCCCCGAACCGAUAAAACAGCUCUUCGAUAGAUUCCCGCUGUUAACAUAUCCUGCGAACGAGCUCCCACAACGCGCCCCCCAAAACCGCAAUGCGCAUAUCCUACAUGUCUUCACCACAGAUAGAGAGGCACUGAAGGGCGCACCAUCUUUCAAUCCGGCGUGCUUGAAGUGGCAGGCCUACUUGAAAUUCUCCCAUGUCGACUUCCAAAUCGCAUCAGCGAACAACCAUGCGUCACCGAGCGGCGCCCUCCCCUUUCUACUUCCCGCCUCCUCAGAUCCAUUGAAGCCCACACAAGCGGUGCCGUCAGGAAAGCUGCAGCGAUGGGCCAUGAACAACAGCUCCAGAUCCAUAGAAGAACCCUCCGAUGUGCAAUAUGAAGCAUACCUGUCCCUGCUGGACCACCGGAUACGAAGAGCCUGGCUCUACAGUGUCUACCUCUCCCACAACUCGACCUCCAUCGCCGAACCCUUGUACAUACUCCCCACCUCAACCAAUCCCUUCGUCCGCCUCACAAUCGCGCGAGACCUGCGCCUCGCUGCCGAGAACGAGCUCCUCAAGUUUUCCACCGUCGUGAACGCAGAAACACUACACAAUCAGGCAGAAGAAGCAUUUGCAGCGCUUGAGACGCUGCUUGGCGACAAUAGGUGGUUUUUCGGCGCAUCGGGGCCUGGGUUGUUUGACGCCAGCGUCUUUGCGUACACGCAUUUGCUGCUCGACGCGAAACUCGGCAAGGGCUGGGUGGACACGCGUCUACGCGAUGCGCUGAUCUCGCGGAAGCAUUUGGUCCGGCAUCGGAAUCGGGUACUUGCCAAGUACUUUUCGUCUUCUUAG